AUGCAUGAUGUAUACGGGUAAGAUAGUCUAGCUAGCUACAUUUUCAGAUAUUACACGUUUCUAAGUUGGACAAUAAGUGGUUUCAUUUCAAGUUAAAGUGUACUGUUAGCUAGCUAGCUAACGUUAGCUGGCUGGCUCGCUAGCUAACGUUACGUGUAUGAUGUUAUUAUUCGUAUCUCAGAGCCUUUUGCUUGGCUAGUUAGAGCCUAAUGUUAGCUAGCUAACAUUGAACCUGGUUGGUUAGCUACCAGCAGAUUCAUGCAGGGUAGUAACGACAUGAGUUGGCACUCUGGUUAAUUGUUUAACUAGCUAACGUUAGCUGGCUGGCUCGCUAGCUAACGUUACGUGUAUGAUGUCAUUAUUUGUAUCUCAGUAUCUACAGUAGUAGUAGGAGACCUUUACAGCCUUCUGUUGCUGCAAACCCUUUGAAACCCCAAGUUUCUUCAGAUGUAGGGAGGGGUUCAAAAUCUGUGCUUGCGCCUAACCUCUGGUAUUGUUACAGUAGCUAUGAUACUCAGAAACUGUUAUUGGGAGCAAUUUCUAAAUCAAUAGAGCUAUGCCGUACCAAUGUGUUUCUGCUAUGUUAGACAGACUAUUAUGAAGUAGAUAUUGUACUGACAAAGUAUACUAUAUACUUCAGUAUGUGAUCCUCUGAGGGGUUGUGAGAGGCUUUGGAUGCUUUUUGUUUUUCUGUGCGUGUGUAACGGAUGGUGUGUGUUCCGUAGGCUGUUUGAUGUGGGAGGACAGAGGUCGGAGAGGAAGAAAUGGAUCCACUGCUUUGAGGACGUGACAGCUAUUAUCUUCUGUGUGGCACUGAGUGGGUACGACCAGGUGCUGCAUGAAGACGAGACCACGGUAAGUCACACACACACACACACACACACACACAGACAAACACAUCAUUAAUUAAUUGUGACCAUAUCUCCAUACAGCACUCUACAAUGCAGCACAUUAAAUUCCAUUUAAUAUGAGUCAUAUAUGUUUCCUUCGUUGAAGACAUCAACAUAAUGAACAGCAGGGGCUUUGUACUGUACACAUCCCUGGUUUCCUCCUCAUGUUGAGGUCAGGGUUCACAAUUAGCAUUACCAUGCCCUUUAUCCAUGGAUCCUCCUUCCUGUACUGUAAACAGGUUUAGCUAGCUCUGCUAUGAAACGCAUUGCAAAUGUACAGUAGCUUAUAAUAAUAUAACCAUUUACAUGUAAGUGUAGAUUCAUUUUGGAUUUGAAUCAAAAUAAAGUGCCUUCGGAAAGUAUUCAGACCCCUUGACUUUUUCCACAUUUUGUUACGUUACAGCCUUAUUCUAAAAUUGAUUAAAUAACAUUUUAAAAAUCAGUAAUCUACACACAAUACCCCAUAAUGACAAAGCGAAAACAGGUUUUUAGAAAUGUUUGCCAAUUUAUAAAAAAUAAAAAACAGAAAUACCUUAUUUACCUAAGUAUUCAGACCCUUUGCGAUGACUCGAAAUUGAGCUCAGGUGCAUCCUGUUUCCAGGGGCGGCAGGUAGCUUAGUGGUUAAGAGCGUUGUGCCAGUAACCGAAAGGUCGCUGGUUCUAAUCCCAGAGCCGACUAGGUGUUGAGCAAGGCACUUAACCCUAAUUGCUCCUGUAAGUCGCUCUGGAUAAGAGCGUCUGCUAAAUGACUAAAAUGUAAAAUGUAAAAUCAUCCUUGAUGUUUCUACAACUUGAUUGGAGUCCACCUGUGGUAAAUUCAAUUGAUUGGACAUGAUUUGGAAAGGCACACACCUGUUUAUAUAAGGUCCCACAGUUGGCAGUGCAUGUCAGAGCAAAAACCAAGCCGUGAGGUCGAAUCAAGUGUCCGUAGAGCUCAAAGACAGGAUUGUGUCGAGGCACAGAUCUGCAGCAUUGAAAGUCCCCAACAACACAGUGGCCUCCAUCAUUCUUAAUUGGAAGAAGUUUGGAACCACCAAGACUCUUCCUAGAGCAAUCGGGGCAGAAGGGCCUUGGUCAGGGAGGUGACCAAGAACCCGAUGGUCACUCUGACAAAGCUCUAGAGUUCCUCUUUGGAGAUGGGGGAACCUUCCAGAAGGACAACUAUCUCUGCAGCACUCCACCAAUCAGGCCUUUAUGUUAGAGUGGCCAGACGGAAGCCACUCCUCAGCAAAAGGCACAUGACAGCCCGCUUGGAGUUUGCCAAAAGGCACCUAAAGACUCUCAGACCAUGAGAAACAAGAUUCUCUGGUCUGAUGAAACCAAGAUUGAACUCUUUGGCCUGAAUGCCAAGCGUCACGUCUGGAGGAAACCUGGCACCAUCCCUACGGUGAAGAAUGGUGGUGGCAGCAUCAUGCUUUCAGUGGCAGGGACUGGGAGACUAGUCAGGAUCGAGGCAAAGAUGAACGGAGCAAAAUACAGAGAGAUCCUUGAUGAAAACCUGCUCCAGAGCGCUCAGGACCUCAGACUGGGGCGAAGGUUCACCUUCCAACAGGACAACGACCCUAUGCACACAGCCAAGACAACACAGGAAUGGCUUUUGGACAAGUCUCUGAAUGUCCUUGAGUGGCCCAGCCAGAGCCCGGACUUGAACCCGAUCGAACAUCUCUGGAGAGACCUGAAAAUAGCUGUGUAGCAACGCCGGGCAUUCGUGCGGUUAAGUCAGUUUCUGCCGUAACAUGGACUCUUAUCAACAUGACGAAACUUUGUUGCUCCUCGCUGAAACAAGCAAAUUAGUAUUGGGUUGCCUAGGCAACACCCCCCACAAUGCAGCAGCAGUAGCACACAUAGAAAUAGAAUGAAUAGAACGUGCUUGGAACUUCUAAGCCUGGCAAUUUGACUGAGUAGGGUUGCACUGCAGUUACUACAUGCCACACCCACUACGUGACCACUGCCAUAACAGAACUGCGGAAAGAAGUGCUCGGCAAGCGGGGGCGAAGGACACUGUGUACCGGUGUCCUAGUUAGCUAGCAAGCUACUUCCCUCGCCGUAACGUUAGCAGAACUGCAGAAAGCAGUGCUUGGCAGGCGGGGGCAAAGGACACUGUGUGCCCGUGUCCCCUAGCUAGCUAGCAACCGCCUUCUUCAGUGGGGUUUUUCGACGGUUGGUGCAUUACCGCCACCUACUGUGCUGGAGUGUGGGCCAGAGACAGCGCUAGCAGUGGGCGUGGCAUGUAGUGACAUGUAGUGGGCGCAGCAUGUAGUAACCACUGUCUGCAGAUAGACAUUAUUGAUUUGACAGGUAAACUCAUGGGUACACUCGCAAUGGCUGCCUGGUAUUACGAUGCAAUAAUGGUCAUAUAGAAUGUUCAUUCAAAUGUUAACUGAUGUGGCUCAUGCAAUUGAAUGUAUUUUUGUAAUGUCAGUUGAGUCGAAUCAAGAAAUCGCAGCACAUAUUUCAGCUCAUAUUUUACUUCCUGCUUUUCUCCUAUCGGUGCACUGGCAAUGGCCGCCAGUCCACCCAUUAUGCCAUGAUUGACUUGAAUGGGGAUGCCUGUUCUAUUCAUCAUAUUUUUAUGGCAGCACAUGCAGUCAGGAGCGGAGGAAAGGAGAAAAUGUGCGUUUAUGGGUUUAUUUUUGAAAAAUUUAUAUAGCGAGGUCAGGAUAAUCCUAUUUGAAAACACAACUAAAUGUAUCAGAGUAGAUUUACAGACAUGAUAAACCGAAAAAGGAAGGCUCUACUGGCUCUGUUGAAAUAUGAACUAUGCCUCUGACAGGUUGACUGACUCCUAAAUCAAAGUCAUAUUUGUUUACUCCUGGACUCAUAUGCACAUGCCCGCACACACAUCCACACACACACACACACACACACACACACUACUUCAACAAACAAAAAUGUGCAUUUAUCUCUCGCUUUCUCGCCAUCUGUUUUUCCUCUUCAUGCAAGUACUGGCACACCCUCAAAGAUGUGCACAGCAGUGCAGAUUUUCUACAGCAAUUCUGUUCAAUAAUUUGACUGCGAGGUUUGGUUUGGGUUCUUCCUGCCUGCUCUACAGUUUUUUCCUUUCACCGUUGGGGGGAGUGUGUGUGUGUGUCUCUAUGUAUGUGUGUGUGGUGUGUGUGGGAGCGCGCGUGUGCAUGCAUACAUGCAUGCGUGCGUGGACACGACUGUGCGUGCGUUUUUGCUUGUGCGUGCAUGCGUGUGUGUUUGAGAGGGGGGAGAUGAGUUGAGUUGAGUUGUGCUCUCGUGCAUGUCCUUCUCUGCUCCACUGAGCCUCCCCAACCCCCCAGCAGCUCUCGUCUCUCCUUCAACGUCUUCUCGUCUCAGCUCCUCUCCUGUCAUCUCUCGCCAUCGGCUGUCCUCUCUAACCAAUCGGCAAACGCUAAAAACCCACCUGGUUCCACAGAGGGCCCUCCCACCAAACAUAUGCACAGGUAUGAAAUCUUUCACAAGGACAAAGAAUCCAAAAUCAUCUGGAAAGAGUUGAAAGCAGCACACCUUUUGGUUGUGAUGUGAUUAUGUGUGUGUGUUUAUUAUGUCUGUGAGUUUACCUGGGAUUUUCACUGUGAGGAUAUGACUGUAUGUAUAUGGGCGGCAGGCAGCCUGGCGGUUAAGAGCGUUGGGCCAAUAACGGAAAGGUAGCUCGUUAGAAUUCCUGAGCUGACUAGGUGACACAUCUGUCGAUGUGCCCUUGAGCAAGGCACUUAACCCUAAUUGCUCCUGUAGGUUGCUCUGGAUAAGAGUGUCUGCAAAAAUGUAUGUGAUAUGACACUGUUUUAUGUAUGUGUUGCCUUGUUCUCAAAGUCUUACUCAUCAGAUGCUGAUUCACCUAAUGAGAUGCAUGUUUCAUUAUGUUAUUAGUUUUCUUAUCUCUUCUCUUUCUUUCUCUUACAUUUUCUGAGAUGUACUAACACUACAAGAACACCAGUCUCUGUGACUCAUCUUAUGUACUCUUUUGGAUUGUUCUGUAAUUGGCUCUGUAAGGGCCUCUGCUCUAUUUAAUCUGUCUCUCUCAGGGCUUUCCUCUAUUUGAUCUGAUUGGCUGUGCGAGCCCUCUCUGCUGCUCUAAGUGGAUUGUGAUUGGCUGUGAAGGAGCUGUCAUGACUGUGCUCUGUCUUUUCCACUGUGAUUGAGAACAAGGCAACAAUUCACUCACAUCAGAGAGUGUCUGCUUUCAACUCUGAGUUAACAUUUAAACAGGCAAACACCAUGGUGAAAUAACUUAAAAUACCUAUAAAUGUAUUUGCAUGCCCUCCCAUCUCUGUUCUAGAGAGAAGCAUACAGGGUUUGUCCUAGACUUAGGCUACCUGGGUCGUUCCACCAAUUCGGUACCUUUUGAGAAGUGUAACUUUGUCAAAACAAUCUUUUGAUUUCACCUAAUUUACAGUAAAUAUUUUGUCAUAAAGAACACAAACUUGAAUGCAAGCUUCACAAAAAAAAAAUAUAAUUGUAAAACAUUUCCUGUCUAUCUAUGGGUAACAGGGUUGACGUGUUAUGCUUGACCCGCACAGUUUUCCACCACAAAACACCAGUAAAUGUCCAAAAAGAGUAGAACCAGCUCACCUGCUUUUACUCUAUGAUUUUACUAUUAGAUGUUCAAUGUUUCUUUAAAAUAAUAUAUUUAAAAAGGAAUAGUUUCACCAUAUUAAAACGAGAGUUCAGUUCACGUAACAGAGUUGGCCUUAAAAUGAGGGACAGACGUAAAAUAAUCACUAAUCACAUUAAAUAAAUAAUGAUCUUUAGAAAUGACUUUGUCAAAGCAACAAAAUAAAUUGGGCUUUACAAUGAUGGUGAAACUUAUUUUAGGAUUAAGUGGGUUAAAAUCUUAGAAGUGACACAGGGUUGACGGAGGGACAUGUCAAAAUGUUGAAUUUUGGCACUUUAGCAAGCAUUUAUUCAUAAAAAAAAAGAUGUAUUGAAUUCCCCAUGUGGUCUAUAUUAAAGGGCACUUAAUUUAAUAUAAUAGGCUUUUAAAAUUCAAUAUUGGUGCACAAUUUCUACUUAAAAUAUCAAAGGAAUGACAAAAGGCACUAUAUUCUUGGAACGACCUACCUAAUAACAUUAUGCAUGAACUUGGCUAACCUCCCAGGAUGCUGCGUACUUGUCAUACUUAACAUAUUACCAUGACACUGUGGCAAACAGGAUAUUGAUAAUGAAAUAGUGUAGACACUGCAUUUUAGAAUGUUCUGGGCUCUUAGGGGAAGUGGCUCACAGACAGUUAACACAAGAACUCCUGGAAAGGGCAUCUACAGUUUAGUUUCUGUUCUGCUUUUUAGUUUCCUUUCUUCACUUGUUUCUUCUCUUAUUUUAUCUGUGUGUGUGUGUGUGUGUGUGUGUGUGUGUGUGUGUGUGUGUGUGUGUGUGUGUGUGUGUGUGUGUGUGUGUGUGUGACAUAGUUCGAAAUAGAGCCACACAGCAGACUGACUGACAUGUUGUUUUCUCUACCCACAGAACCGCAUGCAUGAGUCUAUGAAGCUGUUCGACAGCAUCUGUAACAACAAAUGGUUCACAGACACCUCCAUCAUUCUAUUUCUCAACAAGAAGGACAUAUUCGAGCAGAAAAUUAAGAAAUCUCCCCUUAGUAUCUGCUUCCCAGAGUACACAGGUAAUUGAUGAAGAGUGGAGGCUGCUGAGCUAGGAGAAAAGAGAGGGAUGGAGUAGCAGCAGGAGGGACAAAUAGAAGAAGGGAUAGUGUGGGAGGGAGGGAUAAUGUGUAGAAAGGCUUGAAGAGAGAUGACUAGCAUUUGGAAUCAGAACAGUUACUCAUCCCUUACCUGGCAUGACUCCAUGUUAUCAUCUUAGGGCUUAUAGAGCAGAGCAGCCAAGGAGUCUGGGUAGCCUGCUGUACACUCUGUGUAAACCAAGGCCUCCCUCCGCAGUUAUAGGAUAAUCCAGCCGCUUAGAAAGACAUCAGGUUUUACAUUAGGUGUAAAAUAUUUGAAAAAACGAUAUAUAUUUUUGAUCCAUUCUUCGGUUUUUCUUGUCCUCAUAUCCUUCUUUUGUUUUGUCUGCUUUUCUUCCACUUGUAUUUUCCUCUUUCUAUUUAUCCUUUCUUUUAUUCACCCCACUUUCUUUCCACAUCCUGCCUCUCUCUGGUCUUAUAAAUAUAUUUUCUCAAUUUCCUCUUUCUCCUGCUCUUUCAAACCUUUUUGCAGGCGUUGACACCUUCAUGGAGGCAGUGGCCCACAUCCAGUCUCAGUACGAGAGCAAGAACAAGUCCCUCCACAAGGAAGUGUAUGCCCACGUCACCUGUGCCACCGACACCAACAACAUCCAGUUUGUGUUUGAUGCUGUCACCGACGUCAUCAUCGCCAACAACCUGCGUGGUUGUGGCCUGUAUUAACCCAAAGGAUAGACCCAGUGUGUCCCUGGAUUGACCCUUCUUCUGCACUUUUCCCUCACCCACAUAUCAACUUAAUUCACCUUUUAGAUUUGUUAAAUAAUAAGACAUUUUAAUUUAGUUGUAUAAAGAGAGCCAGCUGUAUUUUAUGCCUCAGGCAUUGAACAUCAUAAGUAGAAGUGAAUACAGGAAAGGGAGAUGACCCUUGACUGGAACAAUUAGUUUAGUGUGAUAAAGAAUAUACAUUUUGACAAUCACUCACCUGCAAAACUAUUCAAUACAAUCUAGACAUCCAUGGUGAAUCACAUUUCCGAAGCAAGAUGCAUUUGAUACAUUUGUAGCAAAGUCAUGUUAGUGGUAGGUUAUUUAGGAAAAUAUGCUGUUUUACUAAAACACUAAGGCAGUUAUUACUUUUGUGUAACUGGCAUUGGGUCACCACCAGAGAUGAACAAUCAUCUACAGUUUACAAGGAAAACUGCUCAUCUUUACCAACAAAGUAUCUAUUGUAAUUUGUCAUUUUGCUUAUUGAGUAGUAUCAUCUGAUAUGAAAGGAAUUUGUGCCUGGAUGGUUUUGUGAAACACUUUGAAGUUGGAAUUGGAGUUAAUUUGUUUGCGGCUAGUGGAAGAUGGUACUGUAUAAAUAAUGUGAAUUUGUGGAUUUCUUGGGUUGAAAAAUGAUUUGCUGUUCUGCUUAUAUGUCAUGUAGGUUCUGAGAUAUUAGUCUUGGAAGGCUUUUUUUUGUUGUCGCUACAAGUUUUGUGAGAUUCAAUGGUUGGGUUUGAAAUGUGUAAGAUUUGAAAGUACAGCCAAAGAUGUCAUGUACACUGCAGUGGCCUUACUGAAGGUAACAUUGUUACUAAACAGUAUAUUUGGGUAAGAAACUGAGCCCAUUUAUUAUGCAAAUUGGUAGGAGUGACAAUCAACAUAGUCACUGCCUGGAGUUGAGUUAGAGCUGAUAGUUAGAGAUGUAGAAAUAUUCAACUGUUAUAUUUAGUCCAGAAUUUCCUGUUGCAGUUUAGGUGCCUCAGCAGUCUCAACCAAGCACUUGGAGUUAUUUACCGUAUAUUGAUGGUGAUUGGCCUGGCCAAGUCAGUAACUAUUUUAUCUUACUGGUGCCAAUGCUAUAUUCUUAAUGGGAGAGUCAAUAGGCUAAGGAGCAGGUAGUUUAUAAUGUGUGUGUUAGAGCAGAUAAGGUAGUAUCUGUUUGUGGUAUACUGUAAGAGAGAGUGUGUGUAAGAUUAGGUAUCUGUGGAUUAAUAAUCCAGGAAACAGCUGUUCCAUCCCUCAUUACACAGACCCUCAGGGAGGACACCAAAUGUCACAACACCCUCCCUGUUCUUCUGCCAAAUAAUGCCAAACCACUCUAAGAAGGGUCAAAACCUCUUGGUUUCUUGCCAAAUAAUAUGCCGCUCCUGAAUCUGGGGGUGGACUGAUACUGCCCUCCUCGUUUAGCUGUACAAAAACCUGUACUCUUUUCUUGUCAUGGCUGUAGGAAGCUCCAUCUCUUAGAAAGCACUAAUUUGUCUGCCUCACACACCCAUGUAGGUGCCGGGUGAGUGGGGGUAGGGCAGAUGUUACCAUGAUGAUCGUUCUCAGCACCACGCCUGCCUUCGCUAGUAGGUACAGCCUCGUGUGUCAGGUGACUCUGAUAGCCCAAGUCACUGCAGUGAUUCUAGGGGCUCUGUAAAAGAUUUGUUGACUACACUAAAAUGUCAUUGCAGUAAGAUACUGUGUGUUGCUUCGGUAGGUGCACAGGACUCAGGAGGCAAAGGCUGUGUCAGCCCUCAGGCCAGUUAGUUCUCCACAACAGGACAUGAACUCUUAAAUUCUCAUGAGCAGACAAGUUUCAUGUGCUACAUUU